UCUAUUCAGUUGGAAGCGCUGUAGAUCAAACUCUCAUUGGGCCUCCAGUUGUUCAUCUGAUCUCUCCUCCGCCAUUUUUACUGCACUAUACUGCAGGAAACACACGCAAAAACACCGGCUCAGCUCUGAGCUCUCACACCCCACAUACACAUGAUCCAGAUCCCCGAUCCCGCGGCUUUACCGAUGGUGUGCUGAGAGAUUCGGCUGGAUUUGGACUGAUCCUGCGCUCAUUCAGAGAUGGAGGCCAUUUACGGAGAGAUGGAGGUGGAGAGCUGCUAUACGCUUCUGGAACUUCCUUCACCCAAGAAGAAACGCAAGAGCAAAAGCAGCAUGGAGAACUCAGACAAACCCAAGAAGCCCAGGUCAGCGUAUCUGCUGUACUACUUUGAUGUGCAUCAGAGCGUUCAGCAGGAGCAUCCGGAUCUGCCCCAGUCUGAGAUCAACAAAUGCAUCAGUGACAGCUGGAAGAGGCUGAACGUGGCGGAUCGAGGUUAUUACCUGGAGAGAGCACGCAUGGAGAAAGACGGCGUCGACCCUAGCAGCCAAUCAGCAGCUGCGUCCUCUCAGGACGUCCCAGGUUUCCGCAAGAUCCUCCCGAGGGCGAAUUACGUGCUCCUGCCCAAGACUUCUGCGGGAGGGGAGCGGGCCGAGGGCGAAUGUGAGAUGGAUGCUCUCGUGGACGGGGCAGUGGAUGGAGCCCCUCAGGCCUCCGCUCAGGAGCCUCUCGUGUCACCCAUGACUCUGGGCAGUGAGGUGGAGCUCUCGGAGCAGUGCAUCGCCAUCGAGGCGCUUAGUGAGGACACGGCCGCGUCCCAGAAUUCCAUUGUCAGUGACAGACUAAUGAGUCUUGGGCAGGACUGUCACAAAGCUGCUACUCUGCUUAUGAAGAGGGAGGAGUCUCGAGUGUCUUAUGGUGACGUUGGCAUAGCGAUAGAGAAUGGAAUAGAGGGCGGGGCUUUGAUGCCUCAGAUCAAGGCAGAUGCCACUCAUCUAGUUGCCAUAAUACCCAAUCAGGGCCUUGAGAAUAAAGUGAUCAACACGGCCAGUCCAAUAAUGAUGUUUCCGUUAAUGAGCACUGUGAAACCAGAACCCAAACCCUCCUUUAAACUGCCCAUCAAAUACACACGGAGAGGACGGGGCAGCUGCACCACACCUGGGUGUGUGUUUUCAUACGUCACCCGUCACAAACCGCCCCAGUGCCCAGACUGCGGCCAACACCUCGGGGGGAAGUGGGUGGCACCAGCUAAGAGAAGCUCAGUUAAAAGCACCCCGUCUUCAGGAAAACAGUGUGACGACUCCAAGCCUCCAGAUCAUCUGACAGACUCUAAUGAGACGUCCAGAGACACAGAACAGACACAAGACCAGACCAACGCCUCCGUUAUUACUCAGAAAACCUCUUCAGAUAAAGCUCAGGACGGCGGGACCGCUGCUGCCCGCAGGGGGGGCCGUAGAAAGAGAGAGCAGAUGAAUGCAGUGUCAGCUCAACAAACACAUGAUGGCGCCGUUGUCAACAGAUCUGAUGGAGCACAGAGCUCUGAAUGCACAGCGGUCCUAGCGUUGGGUGGUGGGCAAAUCCAGGUUAUCACAAGAGAAAAAAACAGCAGUGUUGCACAGAAACGCCGGAUACGAGCUAUUCUUCCAGCACCUGCUCAGAAUAAUGCGUCUGGCCAGUCCACAGUGGUGCAGUGGAUCACGGUUCCCCCUGACAAAGUCAAAACAGACGCUAGUGUCAUCAGAGCUGUGAAACCAUCACCCAGUGAACACAUGACCGGUCUGAAACCCAGCACCCUCAAACAGCUGGGUCACAUGAUCACACCCAGCGCCUUAGAACAGAAGCCCAUCACGGUCAGCAGUAACCAGUACAUCAUCACAGACAACGGCGUCAAGAUCCUCUCCAUGGUGCCCUUCAAGAAAGCAGCUGGAUCCUCCCUAGCUCUGGGUUUGUCAACAGCGAGAGGUCGAGGUCGAUGUAAGAACUCUGCGUGUGAUUACGUCUAUAAAAACAGACACAAACCUCAAAACUGUCCGAGCUGUGGCUGUGAACUCGCCAACAAGCCCGCCAAGAAAAGCAAACACGUGCCGUCCGCUGAGGAUGUGUCCAGUUCUGCUCUCCUGUUGGACUCGUCUCAGCCUCUGAGCGGCACUCAGAAAGAGCAGCAGCGUCACUCCACCGUCAGUCUGCUGCGCUCGUGUCUGCAGUUCCCAGAGAGCGAGAGCGAACUACAGGACAUCUUCAGCCUCAUACACGAGCUCAACAGCCAGGAGAAAGACACGGAAGAGAGCAACGGGUGGCCGAGCUUCUACGAGUCGGCAGCCACACACUGCAGUCUGUGUCAGUACCCGCUGUUUAAAGGAGACCAGAGUUCAGUUGUGGGUUUGGAGGAAUGCUGGUUGUUGACGGAUCGUUCGAUUCAUCCUGUCACUCUGCAGCUGAAAGUCUGUACGAAUCUCCAGUGUCUGGCGAUACACAGUUUCACAGACCUACAUCCAGGUGUGUUUAAUGUCGGCAAUAAACUGCUGGUGACGCUGGAUUUGUUCUUUAAGAUGAGACAUCUGAUCAGAGUGGGGGACGAACCUGCACAUGCUGCUCUCAGUUUAAUCAAACAAUCACAGACGCUCUCAGACGGUGUGUUGAGCUCGGAGCAGGUGUCACAUGUUCAGGAUCUGUUCUGCAGUGGUUACUGGGCGUUUGAGUGUCUGACGGUUCGAGACUAUAACGACAUGAUCUGUGGCGUGUGCGGCAUCGCACCCAAACUGGAGAUCGCGCAACGCAACACCAACAACGCUUUACUACUCAAAAACGUGGAGUUCACGUGGCCUGAUUUCCAGGCGCCGGACGAGGUGCACGUUGACGAGUUUUGGCUGACGAUGGAGAACGAGGCGCUGGAGCAGGCGGCGUUUCCCUCCAGCAUUCCCCUCACGCGCUUCGACGCCUCCAUCAUCGCCCCGUUCAUCCCUCCUCUCAUGAGGAACACGGUCGCCAUCAAUACGGAGAAGGACAAAAUCACCUCUGACACCCAACACAGAGGGGACCCGUCGGUCCUGGUGCGUCUGAUCCAUGAGGGUCGUCUGAUUCCAGAUCAGAUGGAUCUGCACAGUGAAGAGGAGCUCAGGGACGUGCUGGAGAAAUGUGGGAUUCCUGCUGCAGAAGACAGUGCAAAAGACGGGCUGCUGGAGUCUUUGUCUUUGCUGUAUUCACAAACACAAAACGGACUCUGGACGGCACGUCAGCCACAAGCGCUCAUGACAGCAGGCAAAAUCAGUAAAGUCUGUCCUCAUCAGGUGGUUUGCGGCUCCAAGUAUAUCGUCCGUAGAGAGAGCGCUCGAGAUCACCUCGACCUGCUGCUUUCCUCCCGCUUCUGGCCUCCGGUGUACGUGGCGGAUUGUGCCCAGAAGUUGGCGCUCUGCACUGAUGUAUUAUACCCUGAACUGGCCUCACAGAUGUGGGGGAACAAUCAGGGAUGUUUCUCUGAUCCUACUACAACACCACAGUAUGUCUCCUGCUCGGAGCUUCAGGAUCAGCCGUACAGUUUAGAUCUCACAGCGGCUGAGUCAAACCCUCAUCUGCACCCGCUCACCAAAUCCACCUCUCGCUGGAUAGUGCGACCCGACAGGCCGAACGCCCCACACGACGCCCACCAUGCCAUGAGCCUCUGCAAAGAGCUCGAACCCUACACCGGCAUGGUCACUGAGAUGUGUGACCAAUCCGAGGCUGAAACUAACAACAACGACAGUGUGGCGGUUCGGUGUAAGGCUCUAGUGUUCGAGAACGCUGCGUAUUACUACCUCUAUAACAGACUGCUGGACUUCCUGAGCAGCAGAGACAUCGUGAACCAGCAGAUCGCAGAAGUGCUGAGCGCGUGCCAGCCGGGCGAGGUGGUGAUGAUCAGGGACGCCCUCUACAGGCUGGGAGUGGCACAGAUCAAUGCUGACCAACAGGAAGUGGAGGAGGAAGGAGCUGGGGGAGAACUGGAGAAACACUCGGAUGGAGUUGUGUUUGAGGAGGUGAUGAUUGACUGAAUCAGGGACUGAUUAUCAGCAGGUUUACUCAACAAAAACAAGCUGGAAAUGUGCCUGGAAAGAUGAUGAAUAGGUUUUAUUUAAGAGACGUGUGGAGAGAAACAGAAACUAUGAGGUUGUUUCGGAUCCUGAAGGGAAUAAUUGAUGCAAAAAUAAACUCUGUCGUCAUUUAUUCACCUUCAUGUUGUUGGUGUUUAAUCUGUGAAGCACAAAAUGGUUUAAAAGCACUUUCAUGCAGCUCUUUUUCAUAUUCUUAUGAUUUCAGAAGAACAUGAAUAUAGCACACAUUUACUGUUAUGAUACUAGAUUAGUACUAAUUUUAAAGGGAUAGUUCACCCAAAAAUGAAAAUUCUGUCAUAAUUUACUCACCCUCAUGUUGUUUCUUUCUUCUGUUGAACACAAAAGAAGAGAUUUUUUUAAGAAUGUUGGGAAUUAAACAGUUCACGGGCCCCAUUGAUGUCCAUAGUAGGAAAAAAAAUACUAUGGAAGUCAAUGGGGCCCAUCAACUGUUUAAUUCCCAACAUUCUUCAAAAUAUCUUCUUUUGUGUUCAGCGGAAGAAAGAAACUCAUACAGGUUUGGAACAACAUAAGGGUAAAUGAUGACAAAAAUUUAAAUUUUUGGGUGAACUAUCCCUUUAAGAUUUAUGUAUUUUAAUCGCGUAUAAAAUUUCAAUCCAUUUGGAUUACAGUUUUAACAUAUACAGUUUAUUAUGCAGUAAAUUAGUUUUAAACUAAUUUAAACUAAUAAAAUGUGAUGCAUAUUUAUCAUUCAUACAUAAAUGAAACUGCAUUUCCAUAAGUGAAUGUGAUUUAAAUAUAUAACCAUAUUAUUAUUUAUAUAUUUAUCAUCAAUAUAUACCAUUUGUUUUAAUCUUAUACAUUUUAACUACAUUUUAAAUAGUUGCAAUUAGUUAAUUAUAAACUAUACCAUGACGGUUUCAUUUAUGUAUAACUGACAAAAAUGCAUCAAAUGAAGUAUAUUAGUUGCAAUCCAAACGGAUGGAAAUUUUAUAUGCAAUUAAAAUACAUAAAUCUUAAAUUUACACCUAAAUAAAUAUUUUUGAGUGUAUGGUGCUUUUUAAAGUCAUAUAAAUCACCACUCCCUUUCAUUGUAUGGAAAAAAGCAGCAUGAACAUGUACUUCUGUGUAAAACACAGGUUUGGAACGACAUGAGGGCGAGUAAAUGAUGCCAGAAGUUUAACUUUCCUUGAAAAAUAACUGUGUCUGAAUGAGUGUCUUGAUCUUCUGACAUGUUAAUGAUUGUUGUAAAUAAGAAGCAUUUUAUUGCCCAGAGAAAAGUGAAACCCACUACAGGCAGAAAACCAACAGUAUUUAUUUUCAUUUCAUAUUUUAACAGCUUUUUCAUGCAUAGAAAUACUCUUUGACAAGUUGAAGUAUUUAUUGAGUGCAUUUUGAUCUGACAUGACAGACUCUGACUCAAUUAUAAGUUUGUGUUUGACUUGAUCACUCAAGCAGCAGCUGAAUCCACUGACACCGAGUGACCUCACGGUCGCUCUCAAUAAACUGCAUUUUCAGUGAUAAAAACAACA